ACUACCCAUAUUUCUAUGGCAACGACAACUAUCUUUAAGCCGUGCUUUGUGCUUGAAUUGUUAUCUUCCUUUGGUAGCUUUUACUUAUAACAUUCGCGCUUUCUUUUCUGACAGCAAUUCUCAUCUGCAAACGCUGCUAGGGAUUAUUUUAUAAUAAUUUAUUCUCGUUUAAAGUCGACAGGGACUAAUGUGUUUACUGUAGAGCUGAUCGCUAAUGCUGGCUAACAUUAAAACAAACAUCUAAAUAUUAAUGGCAGACUGUUGGAACACGGACACCGGGGAAGCUGUGUUUCGGUCCCGGGAUGCUGUUAAAAACUUAAGAAUAAAGGUCCGUAUAGAGAGGGUGACCUCUACAGCUGCCCUCUCUCAGCACCUUCAGCAGCAGGUUCUGUCCCAGAGAGACAGAGGAGACAUUGAGCUGGAGACCCUCACCUCAAAAAGUCACACAGGUGAUAAUGAAGAGGAGCUGGAGGUGGGCUGGCAGGAGAAACUCUUCAGUCAGUAUGAGAUGGAACUUUUCCAGAAUGAGGCAGCAUGUCAGACCCCUCUGGACCGUCAGUACCACACAGAGGUCAAGGCCCUGAAGAGGUCAAAGGGCAGAAGAAAUCACAGAAUUUUUACAUACACCGAUCAUGACCGCUACACUAACUGCCUUCCAUUCAACCAAAUGCAGCAAGCCGCUGACUUACUGACCACCACCGUAUCCCGCCCCACAUUCCUGGCUGAGAGGAUGGCCAGUGUGAGACACAGACGGCAGGAAAGACGCACCAUGGAUUCAAGUGUCCCUAAGUCAAAGAUCAUUACGUGGGAGCCCACAGAGGAGUUUGUGAAAAACAGCCAUGUGGUGAAUAAUACCAUGCAGACCAUGCACAUCAUGGGGGACCUGAGCCCUCCUGGAAGACUUGGCCAGAAAGAGAAUGAAUGUUUGCUGCUAACCAUAAAAACAGACGGCAACGGAACAGUCAUCGUAAAACCCGACUUCAACAAAGGCAAAGAGCCCUACAGGAUCGUAACCGAGGGCGAGCGGAGAGAAGUUUGGCGUCUCACUCUGGAGAAUGUAUCUACAGCCAUGAAACCAGAGGAAACGGAGAAGGAGCAGAACAUGUACAAAGAUCUGUACAUACGACACAAGGAGUACCUCAACAGCCUUGUUGGUCAAGACUUUGAAAUGCCUCCUGCUGGUAUUCUGCGCUAUGUAAUGCAUGGAGAGAUUGUCUCAGCCAAAGGAUUUGAAUAUGAUAAUUUAUACAUCCACUUCUUCAUGGAGCUGCCCAACAAUUGGUCCAGUUUGCCAUUUCAGUCUCUCUCUGGGGUAACCCAAACCUGCCGGACUAAAACAUUAGGGAAGGAAAAUGUAGCUUUCUUCAGUUUCCCUUUCAGCUUUGAGGCGUUCUACAUGUGUGAAAAAGAGAGUGAAGAGUCAGUUCCUCAGUGGCCAGUGCUCUACUUCAAAGUUCUGUCUCUGGACUCCUGGCAGCGCUAUCGGACUGAAGGUUACGGCUAUCUGCUUUUUCCUGCAAUGCCUGGUAAACAUACACUAACAUGCCAUACAUGGAGACCCCUUCAGACAGGAACCGUCUCUGCUCUGAGGCGAUUCUUUAUCGGAGGUUCUCCAGAGCUUGAAGACCACAGCUACGUCAGGAUACCAGGGACAUUCAAGGGAGAGCGGCUGAGUCGCUUUGGCUUUACAACAGAAACCACAGGAAGUGUCACCUUUAACCUGCACUGCAUCCAGCAAGCCAGGGCCUUCGUUGAUGCCACCAUGUUGAAAAAGAGGAGGCAGAGAGUGUUUGAUCAGCUGGGAGGAUUCAGUCAGCAAGGAGCUGUUUGUACCAUCCUGGAGGCCUUCCAGAGGGCCAGGAAAAAGAUGCAAGACGCCAGAGAAGGUCUUCCUAGAGACCUGAUCAACGCCACCUCCAAACUCCAGAUUGAAUCAUCGGCAUAAACGAGAAAGUCGUUAAAAAACCCUGAAAACAGCCAAUUAAGGGUUAAGAAAAGAGGCGACAUUACAAGAGACACUGAGUUUGCCUUUAAUCAAAAUUUGCACAUUUACCGCGUUUGGGUGAUAACAGUAGACAGAACGUACUGUUAGAGUCGGACAGAAGAAUUAUUUUUUUAUGUAAAGACAGUUUACAUGUUUGGGAGGUUGAUCUUUUUAGUAAAGAAAAAGAAAAGCUAUGCCUUCUUUGUGUGGCAUCACCACAAAUUGUGUUGGAUGUAUGAAGUCUAUUUGACUAAGAUUAUUAUUCUAGACACAUUUAUUCUGUUAGAAACUGUAAUGCCUGUAAAAAUUGAGGAACAUUUUUUUUUUAGAGUUUAAUUUUUGUAUUUCAUAUUGGUAUUUUUAGGCAUAUUAAUCGUUUUUGCUCUAGUAUAAAGUUGUUUUAUAAGUUUUUUUCACUUAAAUGUAAAUUGGAGAUGUUAUUAUUCUAAACAGAAUACUUGCAUUGUAGGUUUUGCAUAGAAAUGUUUUUUCUUUCCUCCUGAAUGUUUACCACAGAACAGAUGUUUUUUUUUAAAGUUACUAUAAUAAACAGAAAACCUGACAGAC